GUUCCCUCUCUCACUCUCAUGGGACGGCGUCGCCUUUCUCUCCCCAUGGUUCCUCCCUCUUGAUUUUCGUUCGGCUGCAACCCUGCCGGGUGUGUAGACCUUUUUGAUCUUCGUUCACGAACACAUGUUUUCUCAAACUGAUAAGAUGCAUGCACGCAAUGUCUGCUUUGAUCCCAGUGUCACGGAGACGCCAUUCCUUGUCAAUGGCGCCGUCGCUUUCCCUGAAGGAAGCCCAGAAGCUGCACGCCCACUUGCUCAAAGUCGCCAUGGAUCAACACCCACGGGCAGUGAGCGAACUAGUGGAGUUCUUCGCUCUCUCCCCCUCAGGCUGCUUUUUCCAGUAUGCCUGCCAACUAUUCGGUCGAAUCACACACCCUAACCUCUUCAUUUACAAUACAAUGAUCAGGGGAGCGGUGACGUCUGGUUGUCACCAUGAAGCCAUCCGUAUGUACAGGGCCAUGAGAGACGAAGGCAUGGUGCCGAACAAUUUCACCUUUCCAUUUGUUCUUAAUGCCUGCGAACACGUAUCGGCGAUCAAGCAAGGGGAGGAGGUCCACGGAGUGAUUUUACGAUGUGGGUUUCAGUCGAUCUUGUCCGUGAUGACCACUUUGUUGAACAUGUACAGCAGGUGCGGGCAGAUUGGAAACGCGGUGAAAGUGUUUGACGAAAUGCCUCAGAGAGAUGUUGUGUCUUGGAACAGUAUGAUUGCGGGGUACCUCAGGCAUGGGGAUAUAAUUUCAGCUCAAAAUUGUUUUGAUCGUAUGGGAGAGAGAAGCUCGGUGUCUUGGAACUCCAUGGUUUCCGGGUAUGCUAAUCUGGGGGAGAUUGAGAAGGCGGAGCAGUUGUUUGAAACAAUGCCUAUGAGAGAUGUGGUGUCCUGGAAUUCGAUGAUUGGUGCGUAUUGUCAUCUUGGCGAUGUGGAAGGGGCUCGUAGAUUGUUUGAUACUAUGCCUGAAAGAGAUACGGUGACAUGGAGUAGUCUGAUCAAUGGCUAUACUCAGGUUGGCAGGUUCAAUGAUGCUUUGAUUCUCUUCCGCAGAAUGCAGCUUGCUGAUGUUAUGCCAAGUGAAGUGGCAGUAGUCGGCGCGCUAUCUGCUUGUGCUAAUCUCGGUGCACUUGAUGUUGGAAGAUGGGUUCAUGAUUACAUAGAGAAGCAGAAGCUUGCCAUUAAUAACAAUGUAGGUACUGCACUAAUAGACAUGUAUGCCAAGUGUGGAAGCGUAGAUAUGGGGCUUUCUGUUUUCCAUUUGAUUAAAAACAAGGAUGUUGUGGCAUGGACAGCAAUGAUAGUCGGCUUUGCACUGAAUGGUCGAAGCCAAGAUGCAUUGGAGUUCUUCGACCGUAUGCUGAAUGAAAAACUCAAGCCAGACGCAGUUACCUUUCUAGGAGUCCUAAAUGCAUGUUCUCACGCAGGACUUGUUACGCAGGGCCAGCAGUAUUUCACCUCUAUGAGAAAUGAAUACGGAAUCACACCCAAAAUUGAGCAUUAUAGUUGCAUGGUUGAUCUUCUUGGACGAGCUGGCCUUCUUGGUGAAGCUGAGAUGCUCGUGUUUAGCAUGCCGUACGAGCCUGAUGCAGUGAUGCUAGGUUCCCUGUUUUUUGCGUGUAGAAUGCAUGGCAAUUCAGAGCUGGGAACUCGUGUGCUGGAUCGUCUACUGAAGAUGGAGCCUCAAAAUGGAGGGAAUUAUAUUCUUUUGUCCAACAUAUAUGCAACAUCCGGUAGAUGGCAUGCUGUUGCGGCUGUGAGAAAGUUGAUGAAAGAAAAGGGAAUUAAAAGAGACCCUGGUUGCAGUUCUAUAGAGACUAGCAGUGGCGUUUAUGAGUUUGUAGCUGGAGAUUUCUCACAUCCUCAGUCGAAGGAAAUAUAUGAAAUGUUGGACCUAGUAGCUCGGCAACAAAAGUUGACGGUCUACAUGUCAAACUAAAGCAAUCUUUUGCAAGAAGUUAGUUAAUAUGAAAGGCAGCUUAGUGGACCAUGACAGGCCUUGAGUGGGUAAAGUGAAGAUUCUCCUCCAAAGUCGGCCGAGGAUUCUAUAAGCGGGUGGAAGCCAAUACGCUGCAGUAGCUACGGCACUCAAUAUCUUGGGAAAUAUGAUCAAGACUGUAGUGUUAAACGAACGCAAAAUCUUUGAAAAAAGAAGGGCCUCCAUGGCACAUAUUCACGGAGACGCGAUUAAUGAUGUAGAUCCAACCAAAGACAAAAUAUUUCACAAAGGACAGAUCGCCAAUGUACAUAUUUAUAGAAACCGUAUGGCUUAGAUACUAUUGAUGAAAUAUAUGCAUAUCAUUCAACUGUGCUCAA